GAGCACCGCGGCGCACCGCCGCUUCCGGCUUCCGCGCGGCCGCCGAGCCAGAGUAAACAUGCCUAAAAAGAAGACGGGUGCUCGUAAGAAAGCCGAGAACCGUCGGGAGCGUGAGAAGCAGAUCAGGGCUUCACGAGCCAACAUAGACCUGGCCAAACACCCUUGCAAUGCUUCAAUGGAAUGUGAUAAGUGCCAAAGACGACAGAAGAAUAGAGCUUUUUGUUACUUCUGUAAUUCUGUUCAGAAAUUGCCCAUUUGUGCACAAUGUGGAAAAACCAAAUGCAUGAUGAAGUCUUCUGACUGUGUUAUAAAACAUGCUGGUGUGUACAGUACUGGACUAGCUAUGGUGGGUGCAAUCUGUGAUUUCUGUGAAGCCUGGGUGUGUCACGGGAGGAAGUGUCUCAGCACCCAUGCGUGCAUGUGCCCCCUGGCAGAUGCAGAAUGCGUUGAGUGUGAAAGAAGUGUCUGGGACCAUGGAGGCAGAAUAUUCGCCUGCUCUUUUUGCCAUGAUUUCCUCUGUGAAGAUGAUCAGUUUGAACAUCAAGCCAGCUGCCAAGUUCUGGAAGCAGAGACAUUUAAAUGUGUCUCCUGUAACAGGCUGGGGCAGCAUUCCUGCCUGCGUUGCAAGGCUUGUUUUUGUGACGAUCACGUGCGAAGUAAGGUUUUCAAGCAGGAAAAGGGGAAAAAGCCUCCUUGCCCUAAGUGUGGCCAUGAAACUCAGCAGACAAAGGAUCUGAGCAUGUCAACACGUUCAUUGAAAUUUGGCCGACAGACUGGAGGAGAAGAUGCAGAUGGAGCUUCUGGUUAUGAUGCCUACUGGAAAAACCUUUCCUCCAGCAAGGCUGGGGAGGCAGGUGACCGUGAGGAUGAAUAUGAUGAGUAUGAAGCAGAGGAUGAUGAUGAAGAUGACAAUGAUGAGCGAGGGAAGGAUUCAGAUUCUGAGGCCACGGAUGUAUUCAGCAAUUUGAAUUUAGGAAGGACCUAUGCUAGUGGCUAUGCACAUUAUGAGGAAUCAGAAGAUUAGGCUUAGUGUGCUGGCUUUGGAGGAGCCAAGCAAUGCUUCACUGAGUUGUGUACAUGCUAGUAGGAUAGCUCUAUCAGGUACUUAGGUAUCAGAGUUAGAGAGCAAAGAAUGUGGGACUUCUGCAGUAACUCCAGAGGACACUUUUCCUGUAGAUGAACUGAUGUUAGGUUGGGGAUUGGGGGAAGAAAAUCAAGAUAUUUUUAUCCCCCUAAACAACAGAAUGGUUUUGUCCUUGAGUUACUGAGUAUAAUGGUUCAAUACGAUUUCCUCCUAUCAGGACAGGAAUGUGGGAAAGCUGUAGCUGUUGCUUCCAUUUGCCCAUCAGAAACUAAGCUAUUUUUUACAAUAAUUUUGUUAACUGAUUUUAUGCAGUGGUGGGUUGGUGACUGCAUUUUUUUUGGUCUGCACAAUAAAAGUCAACUGCAUUACC